CAGGAAGUAAAAAACGUACACAACCAAGAUGGCGUCUCCCGGUGAGGCAAAUGCUAAUGAUUCGCACGUGGGAAAAAAGAAGAAGCCCCCCGCUCGUUACUGGCAGGAAGAGAAGAAAGAUGAAAACAAAGAUGGAGAAGGACAUACGACCGGACAGCCUGUGCAACGGGAUGAAACAGCAAAAAAAGCAAAGAAAAGGAAGCAGAAAGAGGUUCAAAUAUAUGGACAGAAAUUCAUAUCAGGGAAAUCAGACCCAUUCCCUGGGCCUGCUCCUAUUCCAUCAGAAAGGUUGCAGAAAUUUAAGAGAAAAGACAAAACAAAAAAGCCUAGCCGCCAUCAUUAUAAGCUGAAAAACUUGAUUGCUAGUUCAGAAGAAGCCUCAGAGAUGGCCCAGAAACAAGCGGCUCGGUUUGACCUCCUGCUCCCAGAGGAUGCGGGAUUUCUAGAAGGAGAUGAAGAUGAGGACACAUGUAUGAUUUCACAGGAGGACAUUGCAGAUGCUGUUGAUAUAUCAUCUGGAGCAAAGUAUUUUAAUCUCAAAUUGUCACAGUUUGGACCAUAUCGAGUGGAUUACAGCAGGACUGGACGUCACCUGCUGCUUGGUGGGAGGAGAGGCCAUGUGGCUUGUAUAGACUGGCAGUCCAAACAGCUCACGUGUGAGAUAAAUGUGAUGGAGUCAGUCAACGAUGUAAAGUGGCUCCAUAGUGAGGCUAUGUACGCAGUGGCUCAGAAGAAGUGGCUGUAUAUGUAUGACUCUAACGGGAUAGAGCUUCACUGCAUUCGUAAAUUCAAUGAUGUCCUUCGAAUGCAGUUUCUCCCCUAUCACUUUUUGCUAGCCACAGCGAGUGCCACGGGCUUCUUGCAGUACCUGGACGUGUCGGUGGGAAAGGAAGUGGCAGCUAUCAGUACCAAGACUGGCCGACUUGAUGUGAUGUGCCAGAACUCUUAUAACGCCAUCAUCCAUCUUGGCCAUCCCAACGGCACGGUCACCCUCUGGUCACCAAAUCAGAAAGAAGCUCUCGUCAAGAUGCUCUGUCACCAAGGCGGUGUGCGCUCAGUCACUGUGGACAAGACAGGCACAUACAUGGUAACUUCUGGGAUGGAUAAAAAGCUGAAAGUUUACGACAUAAGAACCUUCAAACCGCUCAAGUCCUACUUCCUUCCUGCUGGAGCUUCAUGUUUGUCACUGAGUCAGAGGGGACUUUUGUCUGCAGCAACAGGGGACGUUGUUCAGGUGUACAGGGAUGUUUGGAGCACGCCUGUCACCAAACCCUACAUGGCUCAUAGGGUUCGGGGAACAGUGUGGGGGCUGCACUUCUGUCCCUUUGAGGACGUUCUUGGAGUUGGACACGGAGAGGGAUUCACUAGCAUGCUCACACCAGGUGCAGGUGAGCCUAACUUUGAUGGUCUGGAUGCAAAUCCGUACCGCAGUGCCAAGCAAAGGCAGGAGUGGGAGGUUAAAGCCUUGCUGGAGAAGAUUCAGCCAGAGCUCAUCAGCCUCAACCCCACAGACCUGGGACAAGUUGACCAUGCUACAUUUGAGCAAAGGCAUCAAGACAGGGUCCAAGCUCUGGGCUUUGACCCACUUGCUAAAGAAAAGUUUGUUCCGAAGUUUAAGAAAAAAGGUCGCAGUUCUACUGGUGGAGUUGAAAGGCGCAAGAAGCAUGUGGCUCAUGAGGACCAGAGGGAUGUAAUCAAGAAAACGGUGGAAGACAAAAUGAAAAUGGAAGAAGAACGAAAGAAGAUGGAGAAGAAGAAGGCAGAACUAUCUAGCCAGAAAUCUGCUCUGGCCAGAUUUAAUAAAUAGAAAAAAGGGACCUUUGUUCAGUUGAAAUUAUAUGACAUUCUGUGGGAAUGACCUUUGAACUUCACAUAAAGACACUCUUUUUGGACACCAGAUGCAGAAAUUCUGGAUGAAGUGGACAACUAAGAUCUUGCAUUGUGAUGGGAAAGAGCUCUAAGUAUAUAUGUAUAUUAUAUAUUUUCUCUUUUUUAUACCAAUAAAUACAUUUUCUGGAAAUCUAAUUUUUUUCGUUUUGUUUUUGUUAAACUGUCUCUCUUCAAGGCAUGGCUAUUAAAGGACACAUGGCACGGUUUC